AUAGCUGAACAAACCUCAAAGAAGUGAAGUGGUGGAGGGUCCACAGUCUGAUCCCUCUCAGACUGUGCACCUGUCACAUGCUUGCUGAAAUGUAAUUUGCCUUCUCCACUUUGUUUACUUUCCUUGUGAAGCGCUCUCCUAAGACCUAACCUUUACUCAGUGGGUGACUUUCUUUAUGGGAGUAAAAGGAAGCCUCGUUAUAAAAUAGCUGUUAUGGGAAUGAUACAAACUAUCUAGUAUUCAAAGUUCUAAACAUUAUUGAAAAGGCAAAGAUAUCCCAACACAUCAAAACAAGACCAAAAAGUCCACCAGCCACUCUUUGAACUGAAGUGAUGAAACCCAAAGGAUUCAGAUAGCGAAAUGGAGAAAAUGAGAAGAAAGUUCAUCUGAAAAUCCGCCAUUAGUGAAGUGAUGAAGAACGUUUACUGGCUUAGUCUGAAACUUGUCAAUUUUGCAACUCUUGGCUGCGUAUGGAUUUCUGUGGUCCAGUGUACAGUUUUAAACAGCUGUUUAAAGUCAUGUGUGACUAACCUGGGCAGACAGCUUGACGUCGGCAUACCUCACAAUCUGAGUGAACCGUGCAUCCAAGGAUGUCAUUUCUGGAAUUCGGCAGAUCAGGAAAACUGUGCCUUAAAGUGUAAUGAAACCUAUGCUGCAGUUUGUGAGCGAGAAUCCUGUGAAGUCGGCUGCAGCAGUGGGGAAGGCGCAUAUGAAGAGGAAGUGCUGGAAAAUGCAGACCUCCCCACUGCACCCUUUGCUUCUUCCAUUGGAAGCCAUGGUAUGACAUUACGAUGGAAAUCGGCCAACAUCUCUGGAGUAAAAUACAUCAUUCAGUGGAAAUACACACAACUUCCUGGAAGCUGGACUUACACUGAGGCCGUGUCCAAGCUCUCCUAUGUGGUAGAGCCCCUGCAUCCCUUCACUGAAUAUGUUUUUCGAGUGGUUUGGAUCUUCACAGCCCAGCUGCAUCUGUAUUCCCCUCCAAGUCCCAGUUACAGGACUCAUCCUUAUGGAGUUCCUGAAACUGCUCCUUUCAUUAGGAAUAUUGAAAGCUCAAGUCCCGACACGGUGGAAGUCAGUUGGGCUCCACCUCAAUUCCCAGGUGGACCUAUUUUAGGCUAUAACUUAAGGCUGAUCAGCAAAAACCAGAAACUAGAUUCAGGGACACAGAGAACCAGUUUCCAGUUUUACUCCACUCUACCAAAUACCACCUACAGGUUUUCUAUUCUCUUCCGCAUAGGUCCUUCUGCCUGGCAGGACUGGACUUAUGAGGUGAAAGUAUCAACCCAAGACCUUCCUGAAACCACUCACGUGUUCUCUAAUAUAAGUGGGACCAUCCUUAAUGUACAUGACCUUCAGAGUGCUACAAAAUAUGAGGUUUCUGUGAGAGCGAGUUCUCCCAAGGGGCCAGGCCCUUGGUCAGAGCCCUCAGUGGGAACUACCCUGGUACCAGCUGCAGAACCACCAUUUAUCAUGGCCGUGAAAGAAGAUGGACUUUGGAGUAAGCCAUUAAAUAGCUUUGGCCCAGGAGAAUUCCUAUCCUCUGAUAUAGGAAAUGUGUCAGACAUGGAUUGGUAUAACAACAGCCUCUACUACAGCGACAUGAAAGGUGAUGUUUAUGUAUGGCUGCUGAAUGGGACAGACGUCUCAGAGAAUUAUCACAUACCCAACAUUGCAGGAGCAGGGGCUUUAGCUUUUGAGUGGCUGGGUCACUUUCUCUACUGGGCUGGAAAGACCUAUGUGAUUCAAAGGCAGUCUGUGCUGACAGGACGCACAGACGUUGUGACUCACGUGAAGUUGCUGGUAAAUGAUAUGGCGGUGGACUCAGUUGGUGGAUAUCUCUAUUGGACCACGUUAUAUUCAGUGGAAAGUACCAGGCUAAAUGGAGAAAGUCCACUUGUAUUACAGGCACAGCCUUGGUUUUCUGGGAAAAAGGUAAUUGCUUUAACUUUAGACCUUAGUGAUGGGUUCCUAUAUUGGUUGGUUCAAGACAGUCAGUGUAUUCACCUGUAUACAGCUGUUCUUCGGGGUCAAAGUGCUGGGGAUACCACCAUCACAGAAUUCGCAGCCUGGAGCACCUCUGACAUUUCCCAGAAUGCACUGAUGUACUACAGUGGUCGGCUGUUCUGGAUCAAUGGUUUUCGGAUUAUCACAGCUCAGGAAAUUGGUCAGAGGACCAGCGUCUCUGUUUUGGAACCAGCCAAAUUUAAUCAGUUCACAAUUGUUCAGACAUCCCUCAAGCCUCUGCCAGGGAACUUUUCCUUUACCCCUAAGGUUAUCCCAGAUGCCAUUCCAGAGUCUUCAUUUAUGAUUGAAGGAAAUGCUUCGAGAUUUCACAUCCUCUGGAAUGCUCCCCCAGCAGUGGAUUGGGGCAUAAUUUUCUACAGUGUGGAAUUUAGUGCUCAUUCUAAGCUCCUGACUAGUGAACAACAGUCUAAACCUGUAUUUACUGUGGAAGGGCUGGAGCCCUAUGCCUUAUUUAAUCUCUCUGUCAUUCCGUAUACCUAUUGGGGAAAGGGUCCCAAAACGUCUCUAUCACUCCGAACACCCGAAACAGUUCCAUCAGCACCAGAGAAUCCCAGAAUAUUUAUAUUACCAAGUGAAAAACACUGUAACAAGAAUGUAGUUGUGGUGGAAUUUAGAUGGAAUAAGCCUCAGCAUGAAAAUGGUGUGUUAACAAGAUUCGAAAUUUUCUACCAAAUAUCCAACCAAAAUGACACGAACAAAACAGUUGAAGACUGGAUUGCUGUCAAUGUUACUCCCUCAGUGAUGUCUUUUCAACUUGAGGGCAUGAGUCCUGGGUACAGUAUUGCCUUCCAGGUUCGAGUCUUCACAUCCAAAGGACCUGGACCAUUUUCUGACAUAGUAAAGUCCAAAACAUCAGAAAUUAACCCAUUUCCAUACCUCAUAACUCUCGUUGACAACAAGAUAACUUUGUUAGAUAUGGAUCGAAAUCAGGUCGCAUGGACGUUUUCGGCAGAAGGCGAUGUCGGUGCCAUGGGCUACACAGCUGAUGAUGCAGUGGGGUACUGUGCUCAGGGAGACUCCCUCAUCCUCCUCAGAAUGGACAACCGGUCCAGCACUAAGAUUUUCAGAGAUGCACGGGUUUUCGAUAUCACAUUUAUUACAAUUGACUGGAUUUCAAGGCACCUCUACUUUGUGCUGAAAGAAUCACAGAACAGAAUGCAAAUAUUUGAUAUGGAUCUUGAGAACAAGGUGAAAUAUCCCAGGAAGCUGAAAUUUUGCAACAGAAAUUCAACAAUAACUUCCUUUUCUGUGUAUCCUUUUUUAAGUCGCCUAUAUUGGACAGAAGUUUUUUAUUCUGGAUCUCAGAUGUUCUACUACAGUAUUAUCAACCAGACCGUGCACCGAAUUCUGCAACCCCCAGUCAUAAACCAUCCAAACGGAAGCCAAUGUUCUUGCAACGUGACUGAAUCUGAGUUGAGUGGAGCAAUGACUAUUGACACCUCUGACCUAAAGAAACCACAGAUAUACUUUGUCAAAGGUCAAGAGAUCUGGGCAACAGAUCUAGAAGCAUGUCAGUGUUGGCAAGUUAUCAUCCUGCCUGCUCCACUUGGAAAAAUGCUUGUUAGCUUGACUGUGGAUGGGGAAUUUCUAUAUUGGAUCUCCAAAGUAGAGGACAGCACACAGAUUUAUCAAGCAAAGAAAAGCAAUGGGGCCAUCCUUUCCCAGGUGGAAGCCCCAAGGAGUAAACAUAUUUUGGUUUACAGUUCAGUUCUACAGCCUUUUCCAGAUAGAGCAUUUCUGUCUCUAGCUUCUGAUAUUGCAGAGCCAACUAUACUUAACACUACUAACACCAGCCUCACAAUCAAAUUACCACCUGCCCGGACAAAACUCACAUGGGAUGGCAUCAUGAGUCCCACUCCCACAUACCUGGUUUAUUACAAAGAAGUAACUGACAUGAAGAACAGCUCUGAAUUGAGAGAUAAAAUGCUGGAAUUUCAGGGGAGUAUAGCCCUUAUUGAAGGUUUACAACCAUUUUCAACAUAUAUGAUACAGAUAGCUGUAAAGAAUUAUUAUUCAGAUCCUUUGGAACAAAUACCUCUGGGAAAAGAGAUUUGGGGAAAAACUAAAAGUGGAGUACCGGAGGCAGUUUGGCUCAUGAACACAACCGUGCAGUCAGACACCAGCCUCGUUAUAUCCUGGCGGGAAUCUCACAAGCCAAAUGGACCGAGCGAGUCCGUCCGCUAUCAGGUGGCAAUCUCUCAUCUGGCUCCCAUUCCAGAGAUUCCACUAAGGCAAAGUGAAUAUCCAGAUGGAAGUCUCUCUCUCCUCGUUACUAGACUGUCUGGUAGAAAACUCUAUGUGUUAAAGGUUCUGGCCUGCCAUGCUGAGGAAAUGUGGUGUGCGGAGAGUCACCCUGUCACUGUGGAAACAUUUGACUCGCCAGAGAAACCUUACGCCUUUCUUCCAGAGAACACUAGUUUGCAGUUACAUUGGAAGGCUCCAUCAAAUGUUCACCUCAUCAGAUUUUGGUUUGAACUCCAAAAGUGGAAGCACAAUGAGUUUUACCAUGUUAAAGCUUCGUGCAGCCAAGGUCCUGCUUAUGUCUGUAACAUCACAGACUUACAGCCUUAUGCGUUUUAUAAUGUCCGAGCAGUGGUGGUGUACAGGACAGGAGCAAACAGCACCUCGCUUCCGGGAAGUUUUAAGACUAGAGCUGGAGUCCCAAGUAAACCAGGGAUUCCAAAAUUAUUAGAAGGGAGUAAAAAUUCAAUACAGUGGGAAAAAUCUGAUGAUAAUGGAAGCAGACUUAUGUACUAUAUCCUUGAAAUCAGAAAGAGCACUUCAAAUGAUUCACAGAACCAGAAUUUAACAUGGAAGAUGGCAUUUAAUGGCUCAUGCAAUAGCAUUUGUACAUGGAAGUCCAAAAACCUGAAAGGAACAUUUCAGUUCAGAGUAGCAGCUGUAAAUCAUCUGGGGUUUGGUGAAUAUAGUGGAAUCAGUGAGGAUAUUAUAUUAGUUGGAGAUGGUUUUUGGAUACCAGAAACAAGCUUUAUACUUACUAUUAUAAUUGGAAUAUUUCUGGUUAUUACAAUCCCAUUAAUCUUUGUCUGGCAUAGAUUAAAGAAUCAAAGCACUCCCAAGGAAGGGCUGACGGUUCUCAUAAAUGAAGACAAAGAAUUGGCUGAACUUCGAAGCCUGGCCACUGGAGUAGGGCUGGCAAACGCCUGCUAUGCGAUACAUACUCUUCCGACCCAAGAGGAGAUUGAAAAUCUUCCUGCCUUCCCUCGGGAAAAACUGACUCUGUGUCUCCUGCUGGGAAGCGGGGCCUUUGGAGAAGUGUAUGAAGGGACAGCGGUAGACAUCUUAGGCGUUGGAAGUGGAGAAACCAAAGUAGCUGUGAAGACUUUGAAGAAGGGCUCCACAGACCAGGAGAAGAUUGAAUUCCUGAAGGAAGCACAUCUGAUGAGCAAGUUUAAUCAUCCCAACAUUCUGAAGCAGCUUGGAGUUUGUCUGCUGAAUGAACCCCAGUACAUUAUUCUGGAACUGAUGGAAGGAGGAGACCUUCUUACCUAUUUGCGUAAAGCCCGGAUGACGCCGUUUCAUGGUCCUUUACUCACCUUGGUUGACCUUGUGGACCUAUGUGUAGAGAUUUCAAAAGGCUGCGUCUACUUGGAGCAGAUGCACUUCAUUCAUAGGGAUCUGGCAGCUCGGAAUUGCCUUGUCUCCAUGAAAGACUAUACCAGUCCAUCACGGAUAGUGAAAAUUGGGGACUUUGGACUUGCGAGGGACAUCUAUAAAAACGAUUACUAUAGGAAGAGAGGAGAAGGUCUGCUCCCUGUUCGGUGGAUGGCUCCAGAAAGUUUGAUGGAUGGAAUCUUCACUACUCAGUCUGAUGUAUGGUCUUUUGGAAUUCUGAUUUGGGAAAUUUUAACUCUUGGUCAUCAACCUUACCCAGCUCAUUCCAACCUUGAUGUUUUAAACUAUGUGCAAACAGGAGGAAGACUGGAGCCACCAAGAAAUUGUCCUGACGAUCUGUGGAAUUUAAUGACCCAGUGCUGGGCUCAAGAACCUGACCAAAGACCUACCUUCCAUAAAAUUCAAGAACAGCUUCAGUUAUUCAGAAAUUUUUCCUUAAAUAGUAUUUCUCAAUGCAGAGGAGAAGCAAACCCCAGUGGAGUCAUAAAUGAAGGCUUUGAAGAUGAAGAUGGUCAUCCAAUUUGUUUGAAUUCAGAUGACGUUACGUUGGUUGCUUUAAUGGAAACCAAGAACCAAGAAGGGUUAAACUACAUGGUACUUGCUACAGAAUGCAGACAAGGUGAAACCAAUUCUGAGGGUCCUCUAGGCUCUAAGGAAUCUGAAUCCUGUGGUCUGAGGAAAGAAGAGAAGGAACCACAUGCAGACAUAGCUAUCUGCCAAGAAAAACAAGUGGCUUACUGCCUUCCUGGCAAGCCUGAAGGCCUGAACUAUGCCUGCCUCACUCACAGUGGAUAUGGAGAUGGGUUUGAUUAAUAGCUCUGUUUGGGACAUGCAGGGUUGAGAUAAACACUCCUCCCAUUAAGUGGUCAUGGAAAGAAAACCUAGUAGAGUGAUAGAUGUUGUGGUGUGGUGGUCUGUGACUCCAAAUUAACACCAGAAGUUCCUGUAUUCUAAUUUUGGUUCUAAGAGCCAUUUGGUUUAGGUUGAGACAAUCUCCAUACCAACAGUCUAACCUUGAGCAGAAUUCUGUGGUGAACCUCUGAGCAUUUGAAAAGCUUAGAAAGACUAAUGAGUCUGGAAAUGAAACUGUGAUUCUUUGCCCCGAGGUCUCUUAGGCCACUUCCCACCCUUCAGUCUGGGCUCUAAGAGAAACAUCUUAGUUAGAAAGAAAACACAUAUGUUCAAAGACCUGAAGGAGGAGAACAAGUGUGCUCAGGUGGCCAAGUGAACUACAGAUUAUCCCAAGCAGGACAAAGGAAAUGACUAAAUAACUCUACACAUACAGAAGGAACCAGCACCCGAGACACGAGUCAUUAAGAAAGCUAUUAAUACAAUAAAAUAUUGUCCUUAAUGACUACUAUAAAAUAUUUUGUUUUUUGGAGUCUUGGAACAGCAGUUUCAAUCAUAUUGCAAACAAGACCAUGAAGAUCUCUGUGUCCUAAAGUUUAGCAUUCCAUGCUUUGGAUCAUAUACAAAUGACUCUGUGAUUUUUGUGCUAUUAAUAUUAUAGAAAUUAGCUAAUAUAGAGAUUUUUAAUUUGCCAUAUCUAUUUUCUACAUAAAAUACUUAAGAUUACAUUUACUAUGAAAUUAUCCUUAAAAUUAAAUAUAAAUGACAAUAUAAUGUUAAUUCAAGCUAUAUGAUUUUCAGCAACCAUACAAAAUAAUAAGCACCUAAAUGAGAACUAUUAAAAAAUUGCUUCAGGGAAACACUGAUUUAAAGCCAGUCAUUCUUUGCAGUUACCCAUUUAAAUCUGAAAGCCUCAAGCGUUCUAACAACAGAUCUAAUGAAAGUAUUCGAUGUGUUAUUUAAUUGCAGCAUACAGAGUGCUCACAAGACACAAAGAACACUUUGAUUAUACUAAUAACAUUUGCUAAAAACUAUUGUGGAAGCAGAACAUGGAUCUGUUUCCGCUUUGAAUCAUUUAGUUCAUUUUUAAACGUAUCCACUGCCUGGGAACUUGCAGAGAUGACAGGCUGUAUGGUUAGGUACACAGGGAGGUCGGUGUGUUUGUUCUGUGGUGAACAGCCCCCAAGUAAAGGUCCAGGAUUUAUGGCCACUCUAUCACAUCUAGUAUCCACUGAACAAGGCAGAAUAUUUUCCCUCCGAUCUUCAGACUUUUUAAUGGGCAUUGAUCAUUCUUUUUGUUGGCCUACCAUAUGACGCCCCUUCCCCUGUUGCGGAGUUCCUCUACCUUUAUCUUCAGAUGGGGAGCCGUGUUCUAUUUGCUUCCCUAAGAUCUCAUGCAAUAUGAAGGCAGGCAGUGACCCUAGCCCCCACCUCUCAGACACACCCACCACAGGCUUCUAAUUGAGAGAGAAGGAAGCAAAGAAACAGGGACCCCGGUGAGUCAAGCCUGGUCAUGGUGGCAAGUGGAGUUAGUCUGGCUCCCAGAACGCAGCGUCCAGGGCUAGGGGAGCCCGGAGAGCAAGCCUGGAGCCUGGUGCCUCUGGCAACCGGGGCAGGCAGACUGGGGACUUGGUUCUGCUGUCUGCUUCUAGCAAAGGUUCCCGGCUCCAUAGCCUCAGUUCGGUUCUCAAGCCCUCCCAAUGAUUCUGUGACUUAUCUCCAUAUCCUUUUAAUAAAUGUUUUUCUUAUAAGUCAGUCAGAGUAAGCUUCUGUUUUUUGUAUCUAUGACUUUUGCUCUGCCAAAAUAAUACAGAAACUUUAUUUUGGAAUGCACAAAGAAACGUAUAGAAGAAUUGGAUUUUUGGUACAAUACACUUGCAUUACAAUCUGGAUAAUAGAGAAAUUUACAGAAUAUCUGAGGAGAACAGCCCAUAAAGUGUCAUGCUUUAGCUAGGAUAUAAAUGCAAAUUAUUAGACUUUUAAAAGUAAUUCAUAAUAAAUUAUAUUGGUAGAAAUAUUUACUACAACAUAAAAUAGUGGCUGAAAUCGCAUAGGAAAAUUUAUUAUAGAUCAAAGUAAUUGAUAAAAAUACAAAUGGCUGAUAAUAUUGAAAACUGUAAGUUUAUUCUGGAAAAAUUAGAUUUCGUAAUCAAGAGGGAAAAAUUGGCUAUGGCUAAAAUCUGCAAUGUGUUAUUCACUAAAUUAAAAUGUGUUAUUCACUAAAAAAAAAAAAAAAUUGGGCUUCCCUGGUGGCUCAGACGGUAAAAUGUCUGCCUGCAAUGCGGGAGACCUGGGUUUGAUUCCUGGGUUGGGAAGAUGCCCUGGAGAAGGAAAGGGCAACCCACUCCAGCACUCUCACCUGGAAAAUCCCAUGGACGGAGGAGCAUGAUAGGCUACAGUCCAUGGGGUCACAGAGUCGGACACGACUGAGCAACUUCACUUUCACUAAAAACUAACAGAAGAAUAAAAUCUCAUUGACAAAUUUUUUAUCUGCAAAAAUGACCUGGAAAUAUUAGACUUGAGAGAAUUUAUGGCUCCCAAAGGCAGAAGUUAUCAUUGGUAUAAACAAAACAAAACAAUACAAAGCCAAUCAAUAACUCUAACCUUAAUUUUAAAUUGUUCAAGGAAAAGAAACAGUCUGUAAGAAAAAUAUUUAGGUUGAAAAUGAAAGACAUUUUUUUAAUGUUGCCAGUUGAACAAAGAUUCACCUAGAGAAAAUUAAUAUGUCGCUAUAAUUCUGCUUCAAAUGCUUUAUUCAGAAUGUCCUGGAGAAAAGAACCUGUCCUUGAUCUCAGAUAUCCUGUGUUGCUUAUGCAUCCUGGUUUUCCCUGGCCUAUUGGAAUGUUCUCACCUAUUCUUCUCUACUUAUCUAAAUUCCAGACAUCCUUUAGGGUCAGCUCAUAUUCCAACUUGUUGGAAAGGCUUGUCUCUAACUCCCUCCCCUCCUUCUUAUCAGAAUUAUUGCUGCUCUUGUCUUUAUGCCUUGUUAACUGGCAAUUAUGGUAUUGUGGUAUGGUAUUUCUACCUUAUUUCUAUGUGUUUUAUUAACUUGAAUAAAUUGCAAACUUUCCAAACUCA